AUGAAGGAAGGCGACAUUGGGGACCCGGUCGAGACCGCCCACAAGGACGACAGUCCCCCUCCUACGCCUACAUAUAUCCACAGCGAGAAGAAAGGGAUCGCCCAUGAUGAAUUGGAAGGCCGCGGACGAGACAAUCUGAAUGCCGUCUUCGAGAAUCCCCUGGCGGGCAUUCCUCGGGAUGAGCUAUUCAGAAACGUCGAGGAGUUCUGCACCAAGUUCGGCCUGCUGGAUGAUCUGGAAGUCUUUAAAAAAGGCGCACUCAUCUCACAGAGUCCGGCCACGGCAGCCAGUCUGCCAGAGCUCAACGAAGCCGAGCGAGAGGCGCUGGUGCGUGAGCAUACUCAUAAAUGGCACCAGCCAUGGCAGCUGUAUUUCCUGACAGUUAUGUGCUCGCUCUCCGCUGCUGUCCAAGGAAUGGAUGAAACCGUCAACAACGGUGCCCAAGCUUACUAUUUGAAGAAAUUCGGAAUUGAGAAUAGCAACAACCUGACCGGCCUUGUCGUUGGCGCGCCUUAUUUGGCUUGCGCGAUUCUUGGCUGCUGGUUGACCGAGCCCUUGAACCGAUACUUCGCUCGUCGUGGAACAAUUUUCAUCUCUUGCUUCAUCGCCGCUGUUGCCUCUGUUUGGGAAGGCGUGUGCAAUUCAUGGGUCAACCUGUUCAUUGCCCGAUUUGUCCUUGGCCUGGGCAUUGGCUCCAAGUCGUCCACGGUGCCCGUCUACGCCGCGGAGUGCUCUCCUGCACCAAUUCGCGGUGCGCUGGUGAUGAUGUGGCAGGUAUGGACUGCAUUUGGUAUCAUGCUGGGUAAUAUCAUGGGAGUGGCCUUUGCGAACGUGGGACAUGACCUGAACUGGCGUCUACUUCUGCCCGAGUCCCCACGAUGGCUCAUCCAGCACAACAAGAUCCAAAAGGCCUACACAAACUUCAAGAUCCUGCGCCCAACCGAGCUGCAAGCCGCUCGAGACCUGUAUUAUGCUUAUAUCGGGGUCGAGCUAGAGCGGGAGAUCAACAAAGGAAAGAAUUUCUUCAGUAUGGCGCUGGAGCUGUUUACGAUUCCGCGCAACCGCCGUGCUACGUGGGCUUCGUGGAUCGUGAUGUUCAUGCAGCAGUUCUGUGGAGUCAACGUGAUUGCCUACUACUCAACCACCAUCUUCCAGGAUUCGGGAUACGGCCUCUCCAAUGCGCUGCUUGCUUCCAUGGGCACCGGCAUUCUCAACUGGGUCUUUGCCUUGCCUGCGGUCUUCACGAUCGAUACCUGGGGGCGCCGCAAUCUCCUCCUGUUCACGUUCCCCUUCCUGGCGAUCUUCCUCCUCUGGUCCGGCUUCUCUUUCUGGAUUGACGAGAACGACGGCCACAAGCGUAUUGCUAUGGUCACAACGGGAAUGUAUCUCUUCGAAGUGUUCUACUCCCCCGGCGAAGGGCCGGUCCCAUUCACCUACUCUGCAGAAGCAUUCCCUUUGCAAGUUCGAGAAGUCGGUAUGGCCUGGGCUACCGCUACGACCUGGUGCUUCAACUUCAUCCUGUCUUUCACGUGGCCCCAUUUGCUGAGCACUUUCAAGCCGCAAGGCGCGUUCGGUUGGUAUGCGGCUUGGUGUGUCAUCGGCUGGUUCUUGGUCUUGCUAUUUGUUCCGGAGACCAAAGCGCUCACCCUGGAAGAGCUGGACCAGGUCUUCUCUAUUUCCACCAGAAAGCAUGCUAGGUAUCAAAUCAAGAAUGCGAUCUGGCACUUCCGUGUCUGGAUCCUGCGACAGAAGCUGGAGCCCCUCCCCAAAUUUUACCAAGGCGCUGAGCGUCUUGCUGAAAUUGGCGAUGCGGCCUCGCAGUAA